AUGGAUAGAUAUGGUAAUAAUGUUAGAGCAGAUGUCAAAAAACAAGGUUAUGAAAAUUCAGAUUUGCCAAUUCUUUGUGAAACUUGUUUAGGAGAAAAUCCUUAUGUUAGGAUUAUAAGAGAAGAAAAUGGAAAGGAAUGUAAAAUAUGUAAAAAUGCUUUUACUCUUUUUAGAUGGAAGCCUGGACAAAAAGCAAGAUACAAGCAAACAAUUAUAUGUAGUAUGUGUGCAAAAGUAAAAAAUGUUUGUCAAACAUGUUUAUUUGACUUAGAAUAUAAUUUACCUGUACAAGUUAGGGAUAAAUUUCUUGAAAGUGCUAUUACUUUACCGGAAAAUGAAACCAAUAGAAACUUUUUUUUAGAACAAAUGGAAAAAAAUAUGUCAUUGUCAUAUAAUAAAGCUAAUCAUGUAAAUAUUGAUCUAUCAAAAUUAAAGAGAUAUGAUCCUUAUUUUAAAAGAAAUAUGGCACGUGUUUGUAGUUUUUGGAGAAACAAUUCUUGUAAUCGUGGAUCUGAAUGCCCAUAUCUUCAUAAAGAAAUACAUUUAGAUAAAUCUUUGUACAAUCAAAAUAUUAAAAAUAGAUAUACAGGAGAAAAUGAUGUAUUGGCUGAAAAAAUAUUAAAAAAAUAUAAUAAAGAGAAUGAAGAUAAAUUUAUGGCAAAUACAAUUUGCAUUCAUGGAAUCAGUGAAUCAGUUAGUCAAGUAAAUAUUAAGGAAUGUUUUAAAAAAUUUGGAGAAAUAAAAUCAAUUAAAAUGAUACCUAAAGAUUGCAAAAUGUUUAUUUCUUAUGCAAAUUAUGGCUCUGCUAAAAAGGCUUCGGAAGAAUAUAAAGACGGCUUAGAACUAAAUGGGUGCAACUUAACAGUUUUAUUACAAGAAAAAAUAUAUAAUCCAAAUAUAAAAAAUAAUCAGGUGAAUCCAAAUUUUUUAUAUAGUCAAAAUAAUCCUCAAGGAAUAAAUGUUCCGUAUAUGUAUUACCCUUUUUUUAACAAUAAUUUAAAUCCAUUACCACCAAAUGCUGCUCCCUAUUCUUCUAUGGUCCCAUCUGAAGCAGAACAGAGAAAAUAA